AUGAUAUAUAUAAAUUCUAUAGGACAAACUACACAACUACCUAAUUAUUCUUGUAGUGAAAAUAAUGCCUCUAUUCAGUUUACAUUAUCUUCCUCAUUUCAUUCAGCAUGGAAUCAAACAUCAAGUUGUUCUUUGCAACAAUGUAAUACAAGCUUGAAUGAUAACAAUAAUUGUCUUUCAUCAUCAACACCUUGUUUUGAUUAUCGAACAAUAAAUAAUAUUAGUUAUUGUGCACCUGGUAUUUUAUGUUCAAUAUUAGAAAGAUGUAAUAAUAUUACACAAACAUGUUCAUCAAAUAGUUCAGUAUGCGUUAUUAAUUCGUGUUGUUCACCACAAGCAGUAUGUUUACCAUUGUUAGCCACAUACAUGUGUAAAACAGGUACGGAUGCAUAUUAUUUAUAUUUUAGACUUCAUCGAAAUCAAUUAAAACCAUUCAUUUUAGUCAUAGGAUGGUUUUCUACUGGCAAUAUGUCUAAUGCACGAUGGGGUCACACAGCAUCUUUAUUAUCAAAUGGAAAAGUAUUAGUUACUGGUGGAUACAGUGUCACUGUUGGUAUUUUAAAUAGUGCUGAACUGUAUGAUCCAUCAACAGGUGCUUGGACAACUACUAUUAACAUGACUAAUGUACGAUAUUAUCACACAGCAUCUAUAUUAUCAAAUGGAAAAGUGUUACUUGCUGGUGGAGCUGAUAAUAGCGGUACUUUAAAUAAUGCUGAGCUGUAUGAUCCAUCGGCAGGUACUUGGACAACUACUAGUAACAUGACUAAUGCACGAGCUUAUCACACAGCAUCUGAAUUAUCAAAUGGAAAAGUAUUAGUUACUGGUGGAUUAUAUAAUAAUAGUAUUAAUUUAAAUAGUGCUGAGCUGUAUGAUCCAUUAACAGGUACUUGGAUAACUACUGGUAACAUGACUAAUGCACGAUGGGGUCACACAGCAUCUAUAUUAUCAAACGGAAAAGUAUUAGUUAUUGGUGGAUUCGGUAAUAGCGGUAUUUUAAAUAGUGCUAUGUUGUAUGAUCCAUCAAUAGGUACUUGGACAAUUACUGGUAACAUGACUAAUGCACGAUAUUAUCACACAGUAUCUAUAUUAUCAAAUGGAAAAGUAUUAGUUACUGGUGGAUUCAAUGGGUAUAUUACAUUAAAUACUGCUGAAUUGUAUGAUCCAUCAAUCGGUACUUGGACAACUACUAGUAACAUGACUGAUACACUAGAGUUGCACACAGCAUCUGUAUUAUUAAAUGGAAAAGUAUUAGUUACUGGUGGUAGACGUAAUGGUAAUAACGUUUCUAAUAGUGUUGAAUUGUAUGAUCCAUCAACCGGUACUUGGACAGCUACUAAUGACAUGACUAAUGCACGAUAUUAUCAUACAGCAUCUGUAUUAUCAAAUGGAAAAGUAUUAGUUACUGGUGGAAUCAAUGUUAAUUUUGUUACUUUAAAUAGUGCAGAAUUAUAUUAG